AUGUCCGCCGAAGCUUCCGUUUCCUACGCUGCCUUAAUCUUAGCAGAUGCUGAACAAGAAAUCACCUCCCAAAAAUUAUUAGCCAUCACCAAGGCUGCCGGUGCUUCAGUCGAAUCCGUUUGGGCUGAUGUUUUCGCCAAGGCUGUUGAAGGUAAGAACUUAAAGGAAUUAUUAUUCUCUUUCGCCGCUUCUGGUCCAGCUGCUGGUACUGGUGCUCCAGCUGCCGGUGCUGCUGCUGGUGGUGAAGCUGCUGCUGAAGAAGAAAAGGAAGAAGAAGCUGCUGAAGAAUCUGAUGAAGACAUGGGUUUCGGUUUAUUCGAUUAA